GACGCGUCUCGAACCGGCACACCGUACGUUGCACCGUCGUCCGCUUUACGCACAAGCGAUUUGUUGAUUUUCAUCGCGAAUUCGAUCGGAUACACGUCCUCCGAUUUGUAUUUAUUUGAAUUUUUUGCUCCCGGUGCGUAUACCGACGGUGUGUACGUUACGAUUUUCCGUAAUAAUCGUAAUAUUACAUUAAUUAUGACUGUUUAUCGGUGGCGAUACCGACGACAACCCGCACAGACACCUUAGAUCGGUUAGGUUCGAUCUCUGUGACAUUAGUGUUUGUGUGUGUGAGUGUGUGUUUGGCACUCGGUGAUCAAUUAUCGAUACAUUAUUGCGAUCAUAGCUAUCCAGAACCGAUCACGAUGUACGUCGACCUGACGUGAACACGGACCCAAUCAUCAACGAUCAUCCACUGGACCACUUUUAGCAUUGAUGAUGAUGCAAAUGUGAGUAGCUGAUCAAAUUCAUUCCACUAAACUGGCGAGCUACCACCUGAAUUGCGGUCCUGAAGGAUUGGACCAAGGUGCAUUGUUAGGGGGCGGCUGUGGUGUGUUGCAGCAACAAUCCGCCGCCCCCGGCAUGGCCGAUGUCGUUGUCCAUAAGCGACAAGCGGUUAUUGACAGACUAAAAAGACGAAUGGAAGGGUACAGAAGGCAUAACCAAGACUGCGUUCCGCGCUAUAGCAACGCAUUCGCAGAACAGCAAAAUGUACAAGAAACAUUAAUGCUCAAACAGAAAUAUAUGGAAACAAAGACCAAAAGGAAUGUUAAAAAGAAUGACAAAAAACCAAUGGAAAAUGGCAAUACUAUGCCGAAAUUCGGCACCAAGAGACCAUCCAGUGAAGACAUGGAUGGGUCGGAUGGCGUAUACCAUGACGGUAUGCCGGCGCCACCUAAGUGCGUACCCAUUCCGCCAUGCGGUAACAACGGAGUCGGGGGCGGUCCUCAGCAGCAGCAGCAGCAGCAACAGCAACAACAGCAGCAGCAGCAACAGCAACAGUCUCCUCAUGCCAAAAACGACGCGAGUAACAAUGCCAAGUUCAGUGUUAAAAUCGUGCAGGAACUCGAGUUUAGCACCAGUGAACAUCAGCAUAACGCACAGAUCUCCACCAACCUGACCCUCACGUCGGUCAACACGUCAGUGCAGAGCGACGUGACCACGAAACAGUCGGCGGGCGGAGGCCCGGGCGCGGGUGGCGGUACUGUGCCCACUGCGUCCGGCGGUGGUGGUAUUCCAACGGGGGGUACAGCGGGGGCGACUGGCCCAUCGACCGACCACCCGAUGCAUGAAUGUAAGCAAGAGCAACCGGACCUUAUGGACUUCCCGGGCGACGGUGACCUGAACGACCUGUCAUUCAUCAACAAUAACACCAACGAACCCAUGUUAGAUGUCGAUACAGACACGUUGACCGAGAUCAUAUCGGAUCUCAACAGCGAGGGAAUCACGCCGGCCGACUUCAACCAGGUGGACCUGUGCGACAAGCGGCCCAUAAAGACAGAACCCGAUGCCAGGUGCACGCCGCCUGUUAAGUCGCCCUACGACCAACACCACCAACAGCAGCAGCAGCAAGUACACCAGCAACAGCAACAUCAACAACAACAGCAGCAACACCAGCAGCAGCAACAGCGCGGUGGUGUUGGAGGUGGUGGCGGUGGCAACAAUAAUUAUUCAAAUUGCGUGGCCGCUGAAACGCUAAAACAGUUGGCCGAACAACACAACAACCAGCAGCAGAGGCCGGACAAGUGUGGUUACGAUUUCCCUUACCAGUCACCCGGUUCCGUGCCCGACUUCAUACACUCGCCCAGCACUCCCGUGGGCACUCCCAACCCGAAUGGCUAUAACAUGAUGUCACCGGUUAACUCCAUGUACCACCAGCAGCAGCAACAACAAGAAAAGCAACAGCAGGAGAACAAUAACUAUUACCAUCCCCAGGAACCGCCCAAGCCCAGGAUGAAGCAACAGCAGCAGCAGCCACCGCAACAGCAACAACAGCAGCAACAGCAACCGACGGUGGCGACGCAGCGACAACAGAAACAACAGUUGCCACCACCACCUACGUCCCAACAGCAGCAACAGCAACCCCUCCAGUCGCCCCAGUCCCGGUACAAUCAGUAUAACGGCCACGGAAGUCCUCAGUAUCCCGUGUCGGCGGCCCGCAGGAUAACGCCGUCGCCGGGUGCUGCCUCGGCGGGCGUUUUGUCCCCGCAGCAGCCCAACGCCGCCAGUCCGGACGUGGUAACCAGCUCGUUCCAAAUGGCCCAGUCCCAACAAGUGCACGUCAAUCAACAAGGCCAACAACAGGCUUUUGGUCAAGGGCAGGCCAUCCAAGAGAGACUUAUGACCAGUGCCUCGGUCGCUUCGACUACAGCGCCAAAUUGUGGUGCGUCCAUGCAGCAAUAUUAUAAUAAUUCCAAUUGUGGAGACAACGGACAACAGUCCUAUAUGCAUAUGACUCAAUCACAGAGUAUGACAUUCUCACAACAGCGUGCCAGACUGCUUAGUGCAGGAGCUAGUCCAACCAAUAUUCGACCACCAACUAAUGUACAGCAGUCCAAUAUGAAUAAUGAACAUCACAUGUUACCUCAGCAUAUGAAUAGGACACCCAACCAGAUGAAUAUGAUGGGUCCUGGUGGAUGUCGACCACCUCCUCCUGAAUACAAACUAAAUGUUGCCCAAAAUAUGGGUAUGUGCCAAACCCAGUUUCCUGCACAAGGAUACAUACCAUCAGCCCGACAGUCUUUACCUCAAGGUGCUCAAUCUAGACGCCCUAUACAACAACAACCCAUUCCACCUUCAGGACCUAUGCUACGAUCACAAAUGGCUAAUACUGGUGGUGGAGGUCCAAUGGCUGGUGGUUACGAUCGUAAUAUGUCAUCAGUUCAAAGAAAUAUGAUGUAUCCAGGCUCAGGGAAUCUUCAACGGCCACCAAAUGUCACACCCAGCUCAGAAGCAUUUAACAGUGAUUGGCAACAACUGUUAGCGGCAAGACAACAACAACAACACCAGCAACAGCAACAGCAACAGCAACAACACCAACACCAACAACAGCAGCACCAACAACAACCACAUCAACCACAUCAACAACAACAACCUCAACCACACCAGCACCAACAACAUCAAUUUAGACCGACAGUUUCCCAAGCUUCAAUCGGCAAUUUAAACCAAGCGGGUAACACUCCAGUAAACAAUAUUGGUGCAGGUUAUGGUGGUGCUAAUCCAAAUAUAAACACUUGCCAAACAGGACCGAACAACGUUCACUUGAUGGCUGGACAAAUGCAGCAUAUGUCUGCAAGAAUGGCUAAUGGACAGCAAACUAUGACACAGCAACAACAUGCCAAUAUUAGCAUGCAGUCACAGAAUAAUCAAAUGUCAGUAAAUCUUCAUAUGUCCCAAGCGAUGAAUGUUAAAAUGGGUGGGGGUGGCCAAAGUCGUAUGGCUAGUAAUGCACAGAUGGUUUCUCAGCAACCACAGCAACAACAACCUCAGCAUCCAUCACAUCCACAACACCCGCAACACCCACAACACUCUCAACAUCCACAACAUCAUCAUCAGCAACAACAGCCUACACCUCAGCAGCACCCGUCCAUGAUGCGAGCACAGCAACAACAGUCGUUUACCCAACAGCAACAGCAGCAAGCAACUAUGAAUACUGGCAAUCCUUAUCAGCGCAACAUGGCUUCUGGUUAUGGAGCAAACCCACAUCAGCAGCAGUAUCAGCCGACAAGCACAGCAAUGCAACCGGCACCUGUUGCAAAUCCAACAGCUAUGCUAAAUACUAACAAUGGAUUACCACCCCGUAAUUCAUUUAGUCCCAGUGAUUUCAAUUUUGAUUUCCUUGAUCAGCCACUCGCUAAUGAUAAUAAGAAUGGUUUUAACAAUAAACAACAGACAUUUGGUGACUUCAACUUUGAUUUCCUCGAUGCUCAUUAAACGUUUUUAUAGUACUGCGUUAGACACUGAUACCUUGACCUAGAUCGAUAUUUAAUGCCUGUGAUAAUAACUAUGAACUUGAUCAUGUUGUUUUUAAAGUUGCACUAUACGGCCAAUGUAGCUUAAAUCAAAACUCACCAUCUUUUUUUUAAAAUGUUAGUUUAUUUUUAAUAAGUAAAAUUAAUUCUUAAGUAUAGUUUUUAAAAAAUUGCAAUAAUUUUAUUUAUGAUUAAACAAUCACUUUUAAUAACCAAUAUAAAGUAUGUAGUUUCAGUGCAAAGUCAAAGCUACAAAGGCUGUACAAAAUAAUUACUAUUAGCCUAAAAACUUGAAAGACAUUAUUUAAAUUGUAUUUUAUAACUAUUUAGAAAGGUAAAUGUCAAAUAUGACAUUUUGUUCCUACUUCUCUUUUCUUUCUCACUUUGUUUCUACUGUACAAUUUGCAUACAAAAAACUAUUGUUACCAAUCAACGAGUUAAGGUAUUGAUUUAUGAAAUGUCAACAGCACAUAUAUUGUCAUCUAUAUUUUACUUUACCUGGUACAAUGUUAUAAUAAAUUAAUUGUAAUGUGUAUUUUGAAAGAGGUACCGAGUAGUUAUUAUUCAAUUACCACUUUACACAUUAAAUAUGUCGUUAUAUUAGUUGUGAUCAUGCGACUAAAAUAAUUAACCCAAGUUACCAAAUGAUGGUCAGCAAAAAAAUAAAAAUAAUUAAUUUUGUGAAACGAUAUUGAAAAUCUAAAAAAAAGAUGAAAAAAUACCCAUGGGGGGAACAACCUCGUUUGAUCUCAACUAGUUAUUCUUGCAUACGUUUCCAAAGCGAGUGGCUCCCUGAUGAUUUUCUUCUUUUUGUUUUCUUGUUGUUGUUUUUUUUUUUGUUUUUGUUGCCAUAACAGCAAUUUUACCACACUAACUACAAGUUUGUUUAAGGUUUCAGUAAGAAACUGCCCUGUGAUGGUUUUCUAAUGAUUAUGUAUUCAAUAUAAAAAAGCAAAUAUAAUAAUUACUUGAGGUUAUAUUUUAAAAAUAAAUGUGCCCAAAUAAUUAAAUUAUUUAUUGUA